AUGGGCGCCGAACGUCGGGGCCAUAUGGAUGGUAAAAACUCACGGUUUCCCAUGAAUCGCACAACAACACUAUUCGGUACAGUGCUCGAGACGGUCUAUGUUGACGAAUAUUUUGAAAAUCUCGCCUCUGAGCCUUACACCUCGUCAACGGUAUCUCUAAUCGCACACACAGUAACGCCGCGAAGAAUGCAGGCGUCUGCGACAACGCUGUCGACGGGCACGUACGUAGAGUUGAUGUCCUCCAGCUCUGACGCAGCGUUGCCUACUUCUUCCGGGACGGCACUUCUACAGUCUAUUGCGGCCAACGACGGUGCAUCUAACAAUACGCUUGAGCUCUCCAUCGGUCUUCCAGUCGGUAUUUUAUGUCUUGGACUUGCCACUAUCGUUGCAUUUUUAGUCUACAACAGCUACAGCGUCAGACGACGAAUAGAUGCGGAUGAAGAGAAGCUGGGACGCAGGGAACCAGCCCUUUCUCAAAAGUUCAUGGAUUGGUAUAGAAAGGUUACAGGCGAUGAUUCUCAACCUGAUACCGUCGUCAGAACAUUUGAGGGCGGGCACGAAGCAGAAAUCAGGUACAAGAUUCAAAAAAUCGAGGCAACCAAUACUGCUCCGCAUGUGUUGACCCCAAAAAAAUCGUUCCAUGCUCCGCAGCGAACUUUAAGCUCUCAACGCAUAGAUACGUUGUUGUAUUCCAAGCCUCCGGGCAUAUGCCACAUUGGUUCAGAAUUGCCAAGUAAAAAUGCGUCCAAGUCAGGCAUUGAUUGCAGCGAGUCUAGCGAUAUUGCGGAGCGUCGCAAAUCGCUUUGGAACUACGAAUCUCCACUUUCCAGAUGGUUUUUGACUAAGUCGACAUAUCUGCAAGAUCAAGUCAUUCCGGCUCUAAAGACUCCAACAGUCAAAUUGAAGCAGUUGAAUAUUCUUACUCGAGUCAACCAAAGUCGAAUUCAAAGUCUUACUCUUGAUGUGGAGUCGUCUACUUCAGAGAAACAGAGUGAAGCAGAAGACGAUCUCCAAAGCGAGAUGCUUCCCAGGCUCGAUCCUUUGGUGUUUAGGGACUCCUCUCUUAAGUAUCAGAAGGGAACUUCUCAAUCUGAAGUCACUAAACCCUUCCGAAAUGAAAUUGCUCCCUCCUGGACUAAUAAGGGCGACUAUAAUCCAUAUUCCAAGACUCGCACAACAACACACGCCAUCCAGCCGCAGAUAUUGAACAGCGAUUCGGAUGCUAAUCAAUCGCUUUUUUUACCCAUCAAACUCGACAGAGCACCUUCCAAGACGCACAUGGAUGAAUCUCUCGGCCCCAAACCCGCUCUCACGAACCAAAAGAACAGGCUCAAAAAAGGGCUUGAUCGUGCGCGUGCUCAAAAGCCACUUCCUCUAGCUCCGACUCUAAAGGGCAAACCCGCGGGUAUUAGCGUCCGAUCGGAAAUGAACGGGCCCAGCACACUGAAUACCUCUUCGGGGAACGACAGCAAUGUCCAGCAUCCUAUUUUGGAGGUAGGCAAGGAGUAUAAACCGAAUCUCAUGGAUGAAAUUUAUGUUCGGGCUGGCGAGUAUGUGAGGGUCUUGGCUCGCCACACUGACGGUUGGUGUUUAGUCGAGAAAUGUAGUCGCAACGGGACCCCAGUUUUGCGCAAAAAUGGGCCUCCGGAUUACGAUGACAUCGAUAACGAACACUAUCUCAACGAGAAUAGGGGUAUUGUGCCAGGAAUUUGCCUCAGAGCGUUGUGA